AUGACUAUCUUGUCCAAGGCACAUCGGGCUUGGCGGGUGAUGCGGCAGCUACUAAGAUUGUUGAGCUUUCUAAGAGGAAUCGAGAGUUGGCUGCUGAAAUUGAACAAGAAAAAGUUAAAGCAAAGCAAACCAGCAACAAUAUAGGCCUAAUAUGGGCCUGAUAUAGUGUAUAAGAGGUCAUACAAUACGUUUUGUGGUGAUUCCUAUGUUGUUGAUGUAAAGAAUAUUUGUUGAUCUGUGGUGUGUAAUGAGGAGCAACCAGAAGCUGCACUUGACAUAUUUAUGAAAUUGCUUACUCCAGUUACUAAUAAGCAUGCACCCAUUAAGAAAAUGACUGUAAAAACUGUUAAAUCCCUGUGGAUUGAUGAGGAAUUGAAAAAUGGUAUGGUUGAGGGAUGAGGCAAAAGGAAUGGCAAAUAAGUCUGGCUGCACAACCGAUUGGCAAACAUACUGCAAAUUGAGAAAUCAUGUGACUAAACUGAAUAAAAAGAAGAAGAAACUACACUAUGAAACAAAGAUAAAUGACAUAAAGAAUAAUAGUAAAAAGCUUUGGAGCACCUUAAAUGAAUUCUUGGGCAAAAAGGCAAACUCAGCUCCAUCCUUCAUUGAAUCAGAUGGCUCAUUCAUCACAAACCCCACUGAUAUUGCCAAUUACUUUGAUGAUUGUUUCAUUGGCAAGAUCAAAUUUAGGCAUGACAUGCCAGCAACAAAUGCUGACACUUCACAUCCAAGUAUAAAUUAUCAAAUUAUGAAAGACAAGCAUUGUAAUUUUGAAUUCCGUGAAAAAAGUGAAAGUGAAAAAAAUAUUGUUGUCUGUCAAUAAUGAGGAUAAUAGCGGACGAUAUUUCCACUCAUCUUCAAUCUAAGCCUACUAGAAAGUGUGUGCCCUCAGGCCUGGAGAGAAGCAAAAGUAAUUCCGCUACCCAAGAAUAGUAAAGAUUGUAAACUGUCAUGGUCAAAACGUGUUGAUACAACAGUAGCUAAGAUGGGGAGAAAUCUGUCCAUUAUAAAGCGCUGCUCUGCCUUUUUAACAACACUAUCAACAAGGCAGAUCCUACAGGUUCUAGUUUUGUCGCACCUGGACUACUGUUCAGUUGUGUGGUCAGGUGCCACAAAGAGGGACCUCGGAAAAUUACAAUUGGGUCAGAACAGGGCAGCACGGCUGGCCCUUAAAUGUACACAGAGAGCUAACAUUAAUAUGUAAGUCUCUCAUGGCUCAAAGUGGAGGAGAGAUUGACUUCAUCAUUACCUGUUUUUGUAAGAAGUGUUGACAUGCUGAAUGCACCGAGGUGUCUGUUAAAACUACUAGCACACAGCUCGGACACCCAUGCAUACCCCACAAGACAUGCCACCAGAGGUCUCUUCACAAUCCCCAAGUCAAGAACAGACUAUGGGAGGCGCACAGUACUACAUAGAGCCAUGGCUACAUAAAACUCUAUUCCACAUCAGGUAACUGAUGCAAGCAGUAGAAUCAGAUUUAAAAAACUGAUAAAAAUACACCUUAUGGAACAGCGGGGACUGUGAAGAGACACACACACAGGCACAGACACACAUACACAUGAUAAGACACACACUUUACACACACACGUACACAUUGAUGUUGUACUGUAAAUAUGUGAUAGUGGAGUAGUGGCCUGAGGGAACACAAUAAAUGUAUUGGGUAAAGUGUUAUAGAAUGUAAUGUCAUAUAAUAUUUGUAACUGUAUAUAAACGUCUUAAUGUUGCUGGACCCCAGGAAGAGUAAUGGGGAUCCUUAAUAAAUAAAAUAAAAAUAAAGAAACAUAGUAAAAGAGCUUGAAAAAUAGGUAAAUGGGAUGUUUGAAGAACUUAUCAAUAUUAACAUUUGAGGUUGCUAUAGGCUACUUGAGUUUGCUAUAGCAACGAAUCAACAACUCUAACAAACAGAAUUCCAUCUCAUAACCAGUCUGUUCAUUGACAGUGAUAUUUGGAUUGUCGUGACGUGACAUUAACAUUAAUCUGAAGAAUUAUCUCUAUUUAACUAACUAUGUUUAAUUGUUACCCAAUUAAAUUAAUCAUGUAACAAUUAACUCAUUAGUAUCUGGGGCAACACGAGAGCGGUUCUUUAAAGAGUUACCAUUUCCUGAAUUAAACUCUAAAAGGUCUUUACCAAUCACAUCUAUAAACAGUCAACUUAUUAAUCAUAACCUCGUAUCAUAUCAUCAUUCUGAACGUCGUAACCUCCUUGCAUCUGAUUCAGUACUACACAAAUUGGUUUAAUUAUUAAUUUACUAGCUAAUUAAAUGGGAACACAGGAUAAACAUACACACUCUGCACUGGUUAUUGACUGGAGAAAACAGAUCCCUAGCAGAAUGACAACAACAUGGCCUUCCCCACGUUCUAUGUUAGAAAUAUUGUUCCAGUAUUCGCUUUAGAACGUGUUAGAGUUUUGGCGGGAAAGGUCUGUGGAAACAAAGGCACAUUUCUCUGGUGAACAUUGGAGAGGGAGACCUGAAUCUUCUCUCCUUGAUUUACAACAGGGCGUGAGGUGUCAACCCCCCCACCAGUUCCCUCCUCCCCCCCUCUGCGGGUGAGAGGGGGACUGGUUGAAGUUAUUAAUUGCAAACCUGAUCUGACCUAUUUGGAUCCUCACAGGACAGUCAUGACAGGAUUGAAAAUCCCAACUUCAUGCAUAAAUGCCAAAGAAUUUCCACUUGUUGACCCAAUCAGCCAUUUGUCAGCGGUAUUGCUUUAUAGACUGAUGUAAGCUCUUGACUGAAUGCAUAAUUGAUUAAAAUAAUUGAAAUUAUGGUAAAUACUUUAGAUCUUUGCUGCUCAGUCCUCCUGGGAAAAAGAUGGAUGUAAAGCCACAGGAAGUGAGGUCAUCCCAUGACUUCCAGGAGGUAAUUAGCCUUAAUGACAGAUUUUUAAGUCAUGAACAAAUAUGAGCCAAUACUCAAGGGAACUCUGCCACAUAGAAAUGCUUGUGUUGUUGUAGCUUUCAUUGAAAUGCAAUUUAGUAAAACUUUUGUAUAUGUUUAUUUGAAGCUAAUUGUAUUGGUAUUAAUAUUGUGACUUGUCAGUGACAGCUAUGACUGCGUUCCUCUCACCAACAGAACAGUCUCUACAGGAAAAACUAUCUGCUGCCCAACCAGAUUCAAGCUGUCAAACAGGAAUUGAGAAUAGCUCAGAAGGUGUGUAUAAGGAUUGUUUUGAUUGUUACAAAAUAAUCAUUAGAGGUGUUUGUUAAUAGUUGAAACAUUUCAAAGCUUAUUAAAUACUAUUCCAUGCCUGGGUUUGUUCAUACUACUGUAGGUGUUAUCCGGUGAGGCAUCCAGCAGCUACUGACCAGCCCAGGGAUCUGUAGAGGUCACUCCCAGCAGAUACUGUCUCUCCAGAGCAGGGUGGGCUGACUGACUGCUGUCAUUGAAAGCUUUCGAGGCAUAAAAUAUUGCGCUAGUAACAUAAGCAUUUCGUUGCACCCGCUAUAACCUCUGCUAAACUGUACGCGAACAAUUAACUUUGAUUUGAUUUGAUCACAUAAGUCAUUAACAUACAAUGUGAUUUGUAGACUACAAUGUAGUCAUCUUAAUGUGUCUCCUUUGGUUUUGUCCCCAGGUUUGGGACCUAGAGCCUCAUGAAGGACCACGAGGACGUGAAGAAGAGGAGGAAGGGUCCAAGGUCAGAAACAAGAACCUGAGCACUGAGAUGAAAUCACUGAAGGCCCAGAUCUCCAACCUGCUGGACAAAAGAAAACAUGAUGAUAAGCUGGUGGAGUAAUGUUUUACUCCACCAGCUCUACUGGUAUGUAAGCAGACCUGUAUUCAAAUAGUAUUUGUUUUCUUUGAACUGCUUCGAGUGAUGCUGCUUCAGAUGAGCAGGGUUUGCACUUUUGGGACUAUUCCAUUCUAAAGAUAAGUAUUUAAUGUAUGGACCCAGGUGUAUUGGUAUAUCAGAUUAAAACUUUGAGACAGCAUCAUGUGCCUCAUGUUAGUUAUAUUAUGUAGAUGUCUUCAGUCGAGAUGAUCAUGGUUUGUUAGGGUAUGUAUAGUAAGCUUAUAAACCUCUGGUUAGGUGCUCCCUCCAGGAUCAAUGUAAAUGAAAUCCUACCAUAGCCUUUAUGUCUGAUAUUAGUCUUGAUUAUAAACACUACUUAUCAUGCAUCAGGUACUCUUUACUUAACAACAGUAUGUUAAUGCUGUAGGCCUACUGCAAUUGCCAACAGCAAAUACAAAUACAUAUCACAGAGUAAUUAAACAUUACUCUUUAGUUAGUAAUAUGCUGAUGCUUACCAACACAUACACUAGUACACAGAUGUUCAUAGAGUGAAGGGUCCCCUGAUAGUGAAGUGUCCCUUGACAUGUCCUCCCCCUCCUCACUCCAACCCUAUCUCCCUGUCCCCUUCCUUGCCCCUAACCAUUUCCUCCUAAUCCUGUCCCCUCUCCCCUGUCCCCCUAACCCUCUCCCCUGCCCCCUCCCCUCCCCUGCCCUGCCGUGCAGGAGGUGCUGGGCAGGCUGAGCCAACAGGACGUGCAGACCAAGGAGAGCCAGCAGAACCUGGGGCAGUAGCUGAGCAGCGGGGCCCAGAGACACACAUCCCUCAUCCAGCAGCUCAAACACAUGGUCUCCAAGAGGGAGGCCAAAGUCAAAGAGUUGGAGGAUGAGAUAUAGCAACUGUCCUUAAAGGUAAGCUACCUGUGAUUCUGAAAUGGGAGAUUGGGAGACAACAACUGUCCUAUAAGCUAAAAAUACCUUCAGAGAGGGAGGCCAAAGUGAAAGAGCUGGAGGAGAGGAGAAAAAUACCUUUAGAGAGGGAGGCCAAAGUGAAAGAGCUGGAGGAAGGGAUACAAAUAAUUUCAGAGAGGGAGGCCAAAGUGAAAGAGCUGGAGGAGGGGAUAUAAAUACCUUCAGAGAGGGAGGCCAAAGUGAAAGAGCUGGAGGAGGGGAUAUAAAUACAUUUAGAGAGGGAGGCCAAAGUGAAAGAGCUGGAGGAGGGGAUAUAAAUACCUCAAUUGACGACGGCGCUAUUAGACAACUCACAGGGUUGUCUGAGAGUUUUGGCACCAGCACCAGGAUGCUAUAUGGUGAAGAGCAUGUAUUCAAAUGAAACUGCCCUAUGGAAUUCAGGACAGGAAUUGAAACAGAAUGGACUUUGUAAAUGUGUUGCAGAGAGAGGAUGGUGGUCAGUCAGGCCCCCAAGACUACCACUGGCAGUUCCAGGCCUUCGACAGCAGGGGGAGACAGCAGUAAGAGGAUAAACUCAGCCCCGGUAUGUGUUAAUGUGGAAAUCAUAAAUAUAAGAUAAUCUUGUGUCAUGUCAAAUAUUAUAGUACAUCCAUGACCAUGUAUAUUUCCUGUACAUAUGAUUUCUCUAACUUGCCUACUAUCUGUUGAUAGUGUCAUUGAUUGUAGAAUGACUAUAUUGAUGCAUUAUACAUUUUCUCAAUGUAUUUUUCUUCUCCCAUAUAAACCUGGACAUAAACGAGUGGUAUCAGCAGCUGGGAUCAGUUUAGAGGUCAGGUAAGUCUUAGCCUCAGCAAUGUCUGGUACAAAUCAUCCUAUCCCUCUCUCUGAUAAUAACUGUUAUUAGUACAACAAUAAAAGCUGUUUAUGGUGGACUGCACUUACUGAUACAGCUUACUACUCCUAUCUCAGAGAUGCAGGAGCUCCUUCGGGUUGUCAGCACUGUUCAGAGGAGGUGAGGUCCCUGAAUUCCCAGUGUACAGAGUCCCGGACCCUCUGUGAGGCUGCCUGUGUGGAGAGAGAUAGGCUCCUAGAGCUAUUAAAGCUUCAGCAAUCCAGGUAUUACAUACAGCAACCCAAUGUGUUUUAUUUUUGGGGUGUAUUGUGUACAGUAUGUUAGUUUAGUUUCCGAGUGGGUGUUUAGAAUGCUAAUAUUUUGUGUGGGACUUUUUGUUUUCUUCUUUUAUCACUGCUUUCAAACCAUUGCAUCAGCAGAGUUAUGUGUGUUUUCUUUGUAAUUGCUAGUUUUACAGUACCUGAUGGGGAUUUUCAUGAUGAUCACACAGUUGUAGUGAGAGACUGGGCUGGUGUGAUUGAUGUGACAGGGAGGAGGAAGUGAAGCAGGGGUGCCUAGGGGCAGAGCAAAAAUUCCAGGGAGAACGCAGAAGGGCCGUAUCCCUACAGCAGCAGCUAGAGAAGGAAAAGCUGGAUCUGGCCAAAGGAUUGACUCCCAGGAAAACUAGCAAGAAGGGCACUGGAGAUAAGUCUUGGAUUAGGCACACUGAUCAAUAGCACAGUAACAAGACUGAGAAUGGGAUUUAUAUUGAUCCAUACCUGCUAUUUCUCUUAUUUGUUGUUUUUCCUCCUCUCCCAGGAGCGGGAGGCAGGGGGAAUCAUCCUCUCGAAGCCCUGAACUAACUACCCAGUGAGUCUGACUUAGUGUUUUUUUUGUCUUCCAUCUCUCCUGGAAGUCCUGGGUGGUGACCCUGUCGGUCUCACUGCCUGGAGAAACAAACUGUCAACCUCUGUUGAAUUCUUAAAGUCUUCAGUGAGAUCACACACAAGACUACAGAAUAUUUUACAUUUUUGUCAUUUAGCAGAUGCUCUUAUCCAGAGCGACUUACAGUUAGUUAGUGAGUGAAUACAUUUUUCAUACUGGCCCCCCGUGGGAAUCAAACCCACAACCCUGGCGUUGCAAGCGCCAUGCUCUACCAACUGAGCUACAGGAGGCCUACAUAACUAAUAUACUAGAAAUACUUACACAGUAUACAAUACGGUGUUCCUGUGUAGCUCAGUUGAUAAAGCAUGGGGCAUGGGUAUGAAAAAAGUUUGAAAAUGUAUGCACUCACUACUGUAAGUCUCUCUGGAUAAGAGCGUCUGCUAAAUGACUAAAAUGUAAAUGUAUGUAUAAUCCCAAUUGGGGAAACAAAGCCAGAUGCAUCACAUAUGUAUACAUUGGAGUUUUGCUUUCUAUGAAGAAUAAGAACAGCUGGAAAAACGCAGAGGGUAUUCAUACAUUACAAACUCCUACAUGAGUGGAGCACACCACCAUGUUGUUGUGUGUUUCCCUCCCUCUGUCCCCCAGGCUGGCGGUGCUGCAGGGGAGAACGAGGCUCUGAGUGGCUGAGCUGAGGCGCACUCUCCAGGCCAAGGCUGAGGACCUGCAGCUCUGCAGUGACAUGAUGAACCAAGUCAAGCACGUCUUCCUGCAGGCGCUGCGACAACACAAGUAG